AUGGGGAUUGUUAGGUUUAAAGACCUGAUUUCGAUAUUGGACGAGCACUGCUUCCAGCAGAAUCAAAGUUCUCAGCGGGCAUCUUCUCUUUCCAUGUAUGAUUUCGUCUAUCUGCCAAUGGAUUACAAGAAAUUUGCAUAUGAGAAUAAGCAAUCGAAUCUGGGCUACGCCUUUGUGAAUUUCACCACAGCAAGAGCUGCGUUUCUUUUUUUCAAACGAUUCAAUGAACGUAAAUGGCCUGGUCACGAGAACUGGAAGUUCUGUGAGGUUGCGAAAGCCCAGAUUCAGGGAAAAGAGGCAUUGAUGAUGAAAUUUAAGGAGAAAGUGUUCAGAUGUGUGCACCCAAGUUUCCGGCCCGUAGAAUACAGACCUGCCCGUGAUGGUGCAAAUCAUGAAGGAAUCAAGGGAAUCAGCGUGGGCAAGUUCGAAAGAGGGGGAGAUGCCUGA